GCGACCGCCGUGCGAGACGCAGCAGCGUAACCGCGUCAGCGCCGCGCGUGCCCCGGCCGACAACUGAGCGUCGCAUGUUUGAUGCACGUGCGCGGUACACGUUCCUCCGCCGAGCGCUGCUAUCGCCUCUGCGUGUGCUGUGUGACUGUGCGUCCUCGCCUGUAUUCUAUCGCAAUUCUACACUGCUGUCAUGAGGAGGUGUCAACGACAACGCUCCGAAACGUCGUCGACAUGGGCGGCUGCUGAAAAGUGCACGCGUCCCCGCUCCUCGCUCACACUCUUCGUGUCGACGCAUGAAUCCCUAGUGUGAAAGUUACUCAAUGAGGAAUGAGCGCGGCUGCCCCGAAAUGGGAGUAACUGCGCUUAGGCUGUGAAACGAGAAGAAACGAGCAUCUACCCUUCUGGAGAACUGUGCGCGGCAGCAGCCCCGCACACCGGCAAGCUGGCCACGGCAGCCAUGAACCCGCAUUACCACGCUUACACGGAGCUGGCGAGUCCGCACUCGCCGCCUCCGGACAAUAGCUCCUACCACCCGCACCACCACCACCACCAUCACCACCACCACACGCACCCGCCGCACCCUGCGGCUGGGCCCGGGGGUGGGCCUCCCGGAGGCGGCGGCGGGGGCGGUGGCCCGGGAGGCCCCGUCAGCAACGGCCACGUGCUGGGCGCGGGCGGCCCGGGACCGGGGGACCACCACGGUGGCGGCGGGGGCGGACCCGGCGGGCCCGGCGGCGGCCCGCAGCAGAUGCACCCGCACCACCAGCACCACCUCAACAACGCCAACAACAACAAUAACAACAGCGGCAACGCCAACAACAACAACCCCGCGGCGACGACGGUGGGCGGCGGCGGGCCCGGUGGCGGUCCCGCCAGCAGCGCGGGGCCCAACCCCAACAACAACGGCGGGCCCGCCAACAACAACAACAACAACAACUGCACGGGCGGCACGGUGAAGGUGUGCGCCGGCUGCGGCGGCAAGAUCGUGGAGCGCUUCCUGCUGCACGCGCUCGACCGCUACUGGCACAACGGCUGCCUCAAGUGCUCCUGCUGCGGCGCCAUGCUCGCAGACAUCGGCGGCUCCUGCUUCACCAAGGCCAACAUGAUCCUCUGCAAGACAGACUACAUCAGGCUGUUCGGCAGCAGCGGGGCGUGCUCGGCGUGCGGCCAGACGAUCCCCGCGUCGGAGUUCGUGAUGCGCGCCGGGCCGCAGCACCACGUGUUCCACCUCAAGUGCUUCGCGUGCUCCAAGUGCGGCGGGCAGCUGGUGCCCGGGGACCGCUACUGCCUGCUGGCCGGCAGCCUGGUGUGCGAGCAGGACUGGCACAAGCUGCUCAAGGGCUCGGCGGUGGCGUCGGCGGCGGCGGCUGCGGCGGCGGCGGCGGCGGCGGCGGCAGGUGCGGGAGCGGCAGGCGCGCCAGCGCGCAAGGGCAAGGUCGGCAGGCCGAGGCGCAGCCGGGACUGA